AAAACAAGCUGAGAAAUGAAAGUGAAGAGAGGAAGCAGAGUGUGUGACUGUUCCCCAAUUUCCUGUGCUUAGAGUGAAGAAGCAUUUAGAAAAAGCAAGACACGAUGCCUUCGGCUCAAGAUCCAUUCUACGUUGUCAAGCAAGAAAUUCAAGAAUCUAUUGAUAAGCUAAAAUCCACUUUUCACCAAUGGGAAAACACUGCUGAUGUUGGCGAGCGAUCCAGUCUAUCAAAGGAAGUUCUUGCUAGUUGUGAAAGCAUUGCAUGGCAGAAAGGUGGAUGAAUUGGACAAAGCAAUUUCUGUGGCUGCUAGAGAUCCUUCUUGGUAUGGCAUUGAUGAAGUGGAGGUUGAAAACCGGAGGAAGUGGACCAGUGAUGCUCGCACCCAGGUGAGCAAAGCAAAGAGAACAGUGGAAGCUGGAAAGGGCUCAAACAAUGCUAGUCUAAGUGGGAUGCACAGGGAAUUAAUGAGGCUUCCUAGUUCUCAUCAAACUACAUCUAACCAAUAUGCUGCCCAGGAUAAUGAUGAUUUCAUAGAGUCAGAAUCAGACAGGCAGAUGCUUCUUAUAAAGAGACAAGAUGAGGAGUUGGAUGAGCUUAGUUUAAGUGUACAAAGAAUUGGAGGUGUUGGACUUACUAUACAUGAAGAGCUCCUUGCGCAGGAAAAGAUUAUUGAUGAACUUGGCAAUGAGAUGGAUGGUACAUCUAAUCGCCUAGAUUUUGUCCAGAAAAAAGUGGCAAUGGUCAUGAAGAAGGCUAGCGCAAAGGGCCAGAUCAUGAUGAUAUUGGGUUUGUUGGCGAUGUUUAUUUUCCUCUUCAUCUUGGUAUUCUUCACCUAGUCAGUGAGACCGAUGAACCCUGGCAAUGCUUUGUUUGUACAUGAAAAAAGAUUUAAAGCUUCUGUGAAGAUACAAGAUUAAUGAGACAUUAAAUAUGCCUAAAACUCAAAUAUGGAAGCGUCUUUGAUUUGUGGAUGAUUUGUGGAAGGCAGUAGAAAAUUUUGAUUAUGAUGAAAAAGGAAGCAACGCACUUGAAAAUUUCACAAGAGGAUUUUGUUUCUGAACAAGACGGCUCGCAAACGUGAUUUAAAUUAGUAGUAUUCGUUUUUAAGAUGAUUUUCUCCUGCAUGUAUUGCUUGAUGCCGUUUUUUUUUCUUUUUGUAACGACAACGUGGUGUUUCGAAUUUAUAUACUUUUGACUUUGAGUGUACCAAAAUAGCGUAUGAUCUGUCUUAUACAAAUCAAAUCAACCAAUUAUUUACCUGCUUAA